AUGGCUUCCAGAAAGCAAAAACGGCUGUCAUUCUCAGAAAAAUACGCGAUUUUGGCCGAACUCGACUCCGGCGUGUCACGGAAUGCGUUGGAAAAGAAGUACGACGUCCCUCACGGUACUUUAGCUGGCAUCAUCAAAGACAGGCGUCGAAUAGAAGAAGCAGUUGCCAGCGGAACGAGCCUAGGUGCUAAGAGUUCAAAGUUAUCGAGAUUUUCUCAGAUCGACGCUGCUCUGCUUGAGUGGUUUCGUCGAAUUAGGGCCAAUUGUCCAGAAACUCCGAUAACUUGUCUGGAGAUUCUAACGAAGGCAACCGCAAUAGGAAAAGAGCUGAAAAGAAGAGAAGUUGCUGCUUACGAGUCGUUUGACGAAAAUUGCCUCGAUCUCAAUUGGGUGGAUCGCUGGAAGAAGAGAAAUGCGAUAGCAUCAAAGAAAAUGCACGGCGAAAGUCAAUCAGCUGACAAAAAUGCUGCAGCUGAUUGGGUGCAAAAUCAGCUGGAAUUGAUUCGACAAGAAUUCUCUGAUGACAACAUCUUCAAUGCAGAUGAAACUGCGCUAUUUUGGAAACUCAUGCCUGAUAGAACCCUCGCAUUCAAAGGUGAAAAGUGCCGAGGAGGAAAACAUUCUAAGAAACGCCUAACAAUUCUUGUCGCCGCCAGCGCUACGGGAGAAAAAUUGUCUUUAUUUACUAUUGGCAAAAGCAAGAAACCACAUUGCUUUCGCGGUGUGGCAAACAUUCCCGUAGCUUACGAUGCUAACAGAACUGAUUGGAUGACGAAGCAGUUAUUUGAGCCGUGGCUGAGAAAGCUAAACGCAAAAAUGCUUGGCCAGAAAAGAAAAAUUGCGUUGAUUCUUGACAAUUUUUCAGGCCACCCUCAGGUUGCCUUGUCAAACGUGAAAGUAUUCUUUCUUCCUCCAAACACAACGUCUAUAGUCCAGCCAAUGGAUGCAGGCAUUAUAAAGAACUUGAAGUUUCACUAUAGACGAUUGUUGAUGAAGAAGCGAUUGCUCUGCUACGAAACGGAAACGCCAUUUGCAAGUAACGUUCUUCACGCUUUAGAGUGGCUAAAAAUAGCAUGGGAAUCGGUUGAUGCUCAAGUCAUUCGCAAUUGCUAUUGCCACGCAGGAUUUCGCCGCGUGGGUGAAGGAGUGGUAGAGCCGCGUCUUCCGCAUUCCUUUCCGCUUUGGAGCAACGCAGAGGAUGCUGGUCUCACACAAGGGAUUGACUGGACCGAAUUCGUUGACGUAGACCAAUGUGUUGCUGUGGGGCCUAGCAGUGAGGGACACUCCGUUAAUGAUAUUUUAGACACAGUCUUUCCAGAAACAAGAGAACCACUCGAUGAAAGCACUAGCUCUGACGAAGAUGUCGAAGAAAUUGAUACUUCUCCUCCACCAUCGUUCAAAGAGGCUAUGACAAGCAUUGGAUCAGCAUUGGACUAUCUUCGGACAAUUCAAGGGUCAGAGGCAGAGUGCCUGAAAUUGGCAAAUAUUCGUGAGUAUAUGGUGGACCAAUACUUCAAAAACCAAAAGCAACAGCGCAUUGAACAGUACUUUAAACCCAUAAAUGAAAACUAGAUUGCUCGCGAGUUGAUAUAUUAAACUAAAAUAAAUGUCAAACCUGUUAGUAAGCCUCUACAAGGCAUUUACUGUGCGUAAACGUGUACAUUGGGUUCAACGACACAUCGCAAAUAACGACCUAAAUAUUAUGCCCUUUCAGAUGUCGCUAAAUGUAAGGUUGACUGUACUGUGUUUUGGGGAGCACAGAAAGCCCAUACAGAUCGUUGCUGACGGCGGAAUUGCGGCAAUUCUUACUGCAGCCCGCUCAGCGUUUGGAGACGCUAUUUCUGUAUGUCCACUAGUCCAAACGUGGAACUGCGAAUGGGACAGCUGGGUCGACUUGGCAGACGGCGAUGAAGUUCUUCCAAUGAACAAAAUAAGAAUUUUGCCACAGCCGCUAGAAGAUUU